CCGGUCAACUCUUUCAAGACACCACUAACACAUAAGAACAUCUGGGAAAUUGCCAGUGGUUUUUUAUUUCCUGAUCUGAAGAAUAUAUUGCAAGAUAUAACAAAAUGUUAUUCGACACGUCUGUUCUCGACCGUGUUAAGAAAAGACUUAAUGGAAGUGCUGUGGGCGAAGAUGUGCCGGACACACAGAUCAUUCCUGUUUUUGAAACGUCUAUUUUAUUUGGGAAUGCCAGCACACAAGAGAUUCCUGCAAAAAAUGAGGGCACUAAGAAAGUCUCGGAGGGAUUAGAUGUGCCUCGUGCGAUCAGGCUCCCUCAAUUGUCAUUGGAUGAAUCCGAGUUUAACAAACUCACACAAGUUAUACAACGCGAUUUUCAGACCCAGGAUGAAAUGAUGGGAUCGACUCAAAUCAUUCCUGAACAGACGCAAGCUAAUCACCAGGAUGCAAGCGUCGAGAUAGAACAGACCUCUGAUAAGGAGGAUCAAAAUGCAAUUCUAGCUGCUGAGUUGACUCAUGUUUCUCUCACAGACGAAGAGAAUGACUUGCAUGAAGAAGCAGAUACAUCACGCGAUUCUUCGAUUCAAAAAACUGUCACGACUAAAGCGGAGCUUCAGCAUAUUGAGCAGGGACUAAGUGAACAGAAAAGACUCAAGAACAUUCAGCCCCAAUUUGAAGGAAAAUCAUUUGAUCCGACAAAACAAUUGCUCGAUGCUUUUGAAAGUGACUCAGAUGUCGAAGAAGAGGUGAAUAGUGAACAUGGUGUUCACCUGAGCCCCGUAACAUCUCCAAUAAAAAUUAAAGAUGGGAAGCUAGAACACAAGGAGGUCGCUUCGGACUCUGAUUUCGAGAUUGACGUCUUGGACCUAAUAUCAAAUACCAGCAAAAAGCCGCCACAGAAGAAGAAGCUAUCCCCCAUUGAAGAAUACGCUGAGAAGUUAAAAAAACAAUUGAACUCAUCUCCAACAAGCUCUCACACUGACAUGAUUGCACUCGACGACUCUGAUUCCGAUGGCGAUUUCGAUGGAACGAAAGACUCUCCAAUUCCACAAUUGAGCAAGGAGCAGGCCUUCGUCAUUAGACAAAAAUUCUCAAGGCAGCAAUCAAAAGCGAGUGCCAAUCAUUCCAAAUUUCAUCCAGAGUCUUCGAGGAAACAAGCAAACUCUCUUUUUAAUGAAUUGAGACGUGCAAAUGCCAAACAAAUUUUAGACUUGAAGGAAGGAAAUCCUGACUCGGAGCUCAUGGAAGAAAUCGAGAAGGAAGAGGAAGAGAUGGGAAAUUUGCUUGAGCGAGAGAUGGAGCGAGUUAGAAGAAUUCGAAAAAAAGAAAAGCUCUUGGAAAAGACUCAAAAAGCAUUACUCGAUGAUGAAAGCGACGAAGAUUAUGACGACAAAAAAGCAGAGUAUCAGAUUGAUCAAGAAAGCGAAGUGCCAGAUAGUGACGUAGACUCUGAAGUCUAUGAGUCUGAUGACGAAGAAGAUGUGGCCGACUCUGAGGACGAAAUGGAAGUCCCAGAAAAACGGACAAACAGAGCUCGCAGAAUUAUCUCCAGUGACGAAGAUGAAGAAACAAAUGAAUGCAAUCUUUUCAUGUCGCAGAAGCCUAAUCUACCAUCUCGCACCGAAGAAAGAACUGAUGACAGUUACAUGUUUGGAGGCCAGACAAGGGAACCUGGCGACAACGACAGCGACGGUCCCAUUAUGCAGAUUCACAGCGAUAUGACCCGCCCUGGAUCCCCAGUUGACAGUGAAAUUGACCAAAAUAUCGGAAAUCUCCGAAGCGAGCUGCACAAGUUGUUUUCAAAUCUCCCGCCCCCUACGGCAAAACAGGAAUCAUCCGUAAUAGAGCCGGCUGAAGUCUUACAAUAUGGACAUGUUUCUUUUCGGGACAAUUUGUCAACUCAAAUAGCUGGAGACGACAACUCUUUUGUGCUGACACAAGUUGAUGGGACUUCUUCCCAGGCGACGUCGACUCAGCAUAAAAAGAUUCUCCAUACUCAAGAAGAUUCAUUUUUAGGGGAGGAAGAUGACGAUAUCCAUCUAGCUCUAGAUAGAGGGCGGACUGCAAUUCGUGCAAAUGCUCAACAAGCAAACCUCUCGGACGUUCGGCCUGCUCCAAGUAGUGACGAGGAAGCUGAAGAGGUUUCAGAACAACUACUCCAAGAACGACUCGCAAUGUACGAAGCUAAAAUUCGAAGAAAGGAACUCAAGGCUAGAAAAUUGCGAAAAGAAAUGGAAAGAAAAGGCAUGAAAGGAAUUGUUGAGGGUGAGGCUGAGGAGUCUGAUGACGAGUGGAAAGGAAUUGGGGGUAAUGAUAAAGAAGAUUCUGACCAAGCUGACUCGGAAGACGAGAGAAUGAUUGAUAACACUUUGAACAUUGACCUCAAUGACGAAGAGGUGAGGAAAAAGUUUAUGGAGCAAUAUCAAAUCAAAGAUAGAAACGAGUUGGAAAAAUUGAUGGAUGAUAUUAAGAAUCAUCGCCUCACUAAGCGUUCUCGAUCCAACAGAUUAGAUAUCGAAUUAAGCGAUGAAGAAGAUGAAAUUUUGAUGGCCUAUCGCAGACAAAAACUCGAGGAGCAAAAACAAAGGCUUUUGGAGAACCAGAAAAUGAUGCAAAGCUCAAGAAGUGAUAAGACCAAAGCUUUCUUUGACAGUAUUCAAGAAGAACCCAACUACGCAAUCUUGCCUGAGAGUGAAACGUCUGAUGAUGAGUUAGCAGGGGUGGAGAAACUUUCAAACUCGCCUUCUUGUCGGCAGUCUGAUGCAGACGAAGGACCGAAAAAAUCCAUAAUUUUGGAAGAGUCUUUUGUUCAGAAGCAGUUGUCAUUCCUUUCCAAAACAGAGGAAGAUGACUAUGUUGCAAUUCAAUUGGCAUCAGAUCGACAGCACGGUGUGGAUGACGAUGUUGAAGAUGUCUCGGCGCUCAAAAAAAGAUGCUUGAGUAAUCUUUACUCGAGGCCUGCGAGCGUUGGAAGUUUCACCGAGUCACGGAAGCGACCUCAGGAGGAAGUCCAAACUGACGAGGAUGAAGAUGAUCUGUCGCGUGUGUUCAAAAAGCCUUCUAUGGUUAGCUCUUUCAGAACUUACCGAGAGAAGAGCGCAGCUCAGGUCUCGACCAACUCUUUUAGUGGAGUGACUGUCAACAAGCAUUUCAAAGCUGCAUCAGCAUCGAAGUCAUCUAUAACAUACAUGUCCAAACAAAGCAAAGCGAGGCAAGUGGCAACAUCCUCUUUCAAGAGUUCCAAAGCAAUAGAGAUCGAGGAGCGUGUGGACAGGGCCAAGUUGGAAAGCGGUUUCCUUGGGGGUAAAUACAACUUCUCUUAAUCCUUGUGCUUUUUUAUUAAUAUUAGAUCAUUCAAAUGCAUUAAAAUAUAAUACGCAACA